CUCACAGUGCGGUCGGUGAUCGGUGUUUCUUUCCCAUCUGUUCGUCUUUUUUGUUCUUCCACCUUUCGUCGUUAAGUGUAACCGAAGGACCGUGUAUUCUUUACGUAUCCCACAACGUGUAGCAUAACACCUAGUACCUUGAGUGCUAUGCUCCACUAACUCCGUGGAAAUCAAGGGAUCAAGCUCACAGUUCCUACGUCAAUUGACCAACAAGCAAUGUCUGGCCUAAGUACACGCCCAGUUAGGCCGUAGGCCCACCGCAAGUGUCUUAAUGUCGCAAAUAAUGCUUUGCUCCCUGGCGGGGGACUCGAACGUCAACGUCAGUGAUACCAACAACAACCGCAACAAUGCCACCGAGGAAGACGAUAUAUUCCCCAUACCCACUAUAUACCGUUGUCGAGCCCCCAUCGCCAGUCUGGACUGUAUGGAGGAGUUCCAAAGCACGAAUGAACAGCUGUGCAUGCAGCUGCAACAACCGUGCUCCAAGGAACAGCUGUUGCUACAGAACAUCAACACGCCGUCCGUAACACGACAGUCGUCCACGGUGACACCGGGCCUGCGCUACCGCAACAUCGGCAAGAGCGGGCUGCGCGUCUCCAACGUAGGCCUAGGGACGUGGGUGACAUUUGGCAACAACGUCAGUGAAGAGCAAGCCGAGGCGGUGGUGCAAGCGGCGUACGAGAGCGGCAUCAACGUCUUCGACCUCUCGGAAGCUCACUGCGGCAUCCGAGCGGAACUGGAGUUGGGACACAUCCUGCAGAAGAAGGGCUGGAAACGCAGCUCUUAUAUUGUUACAACUAAGAUCUAUUGGAAUUCUAAAUCUGAAGAGAGGGGGUUGUCAAGAAAGCAUAUCAUCGAGUCAGUGCGAGCGUCACUUGCUAGACUACAACUCAGCUAUAUUGACGUCGUAAUUGUUCACAGGGCAGACCCAAUGUGUCCAACAGAAGAGGUGGUGAGAGCCAUGCACCACGUGAUUGGUCAAGGCUGGGUGAUGUACUGGGGAACGGCCAAGUGGACGCCGGUGGAAGUGAUGGAAGCCUACACCAACUGUCGUCAGUUCAACUGCAUCACUCCCAUCAUCGAGCAGACGGAGUACCAUAUGUUCUGUAGGGAGAAGACGGAACUGUACAUGCCCGAGUUGUACAACAAGAUCGGAGUGGGUCUCAUGGCGUGGUCACCACUAGCCAUGGGUUUGGUCUCCGGUAAAAUUGACGACGGUGGUUUACCGGUUCUUUCAAGAUCGUCGAUGAAGGUAAAGAACAAGUACUCUUCAUUCUCUCACAGUUGGACUGAAGACGAAACUCAGUCGACUAAAGAGGAGCGGAUGCAGCCCGAGGACAACAGACGACAGCAGGAGAAGCUGCGUGAGGUUGCGCAGGUCGCUGAACGACUCGGGUGUUCUGUUAUCCAGCUCAGUAUCGCCUGGUGCCUCAAGAACGAUAGUGUUCAGUGCCUAUUGCUGGGUGCUACCAGCGUAGAACAGCUCUACCAGGCUAUUCACAGCUUACAGAUGGUGCCGAAGCUGAACACAAACACCAUGAACGAGCUGGAGCGUAUCCUAGACAACAAGCCAUCUCGUCCACCGAUGGUGUCGACUCUGGCGCUUAGAUGACAAACAAUGUGCCCGCCGGGCGGAUCUCUGGCGGGCGACUCCUCUCCCAAGGAAGAGGACCUUCACGAGGAGUCUAAGGAACAGAAGCUUCCGUUCUGCAGCAUCCAGUGACAGUAUGAACAGUUGGACCACGUGUAGUCUGCUGAUACGUCAUAGUCUCUCACGCUGUCCACGUCGUUCUUUAGUGGACACCUCAGGACCUUCUGAAAACAGGUUUCUGAGCUCUUCUACGUUUUCAACGGCUCCCAUUUUCCCACCGCAGGAGUUGAGCAAGCUUUACUUAUAUGAGUGCGGUUGGCGUAGCUAGCUUCGUCACAGCCUAACUCUUUCUCUGGUGUACGCUGCACAGUGACAAACGGAAACAGGAGAUGGCAAGAGAAAAACAUAAACUUCUGCGUAAUAUGUAUUGCUGUGUGUCUGUAGACCAGUAAGGUUUAAUGACUUUAAAAAUGGUGUUAUUAGUCAACAAUUUGAAAAAUUCUAUGACGUCUAAGUUUGUACAACUUAAAUAGGAGAUGGCUGGGGAAAAACAUAACACUUUGUCUACUUAAAUUUAUUUAUGACUGUAAUCUGUGUAUAGAGAUCAACUAGGUUGAAUGACUUUGAAACUGUCUUAUGAGUAAAAUAAUCGAGAAUAUCUUAAACCUUUGCCCACAUUGUUCACAUGAACAGCUGUAGUUAUUCAACAUCAGCUGUUUUGACUGCUUAUGUGGUCUGUAGCUCAAGUAAUGUUCUGGAAUUUAUAAUUACGUUAUAAGUUAUAAUUACCAUUAUAUUGAGACAGGGACACAAUUCUAUUUACCUAUUCUACUUGAACAAAAUUGAAGAAAGAAUGUAGAAUGAAGUGAGAUGCCUCUAUGGCUUUGUUACUGACUAUGACCAGCUGUUUCAUUUACUAGGAGCACUAAUUACUAGGCAAGCACUGUAUUUAUAGUCAGCAUUCACAAUUCCCUCUAUCACAUUUUGAACUCCUUCUAAAAAUUACUAACCAACCACCAACAGGUAUCUGAUCUAUUCUAUUAAUAUUUAUUCAAGCCCCUGUCACAAGGAGCUGGUUUUUUCACCUCUAGUAGCUUGCAGCUAGAACCAGCAGAAAACCAGCAUCGUGACUGAUUCUCCAGCGGCCAGAAAUACUCGCAUGAGCUGGUAUCCCUAGCCGCUGGAGGUUUUAAACAGUUUAAUACCCCAAGUGCUUGUAGAGGUACUAUCAGGUCACAUGACCACCCAGCUGUGGUCUCUAGUGCCACUCCAGCUCCGUCUUACUGGAGCCAACAGUAUUGUGCUAGUUCUCGCAAUAAGAACAAAUAAAUGUAUUUAUUAAUUUAAAUUAUGGUAAUCAAGUACUGAAAUGUUUAUAUAUUAUCAUUUCAUUUUUUGCCAUGCACUCUUUUACUUCUCUGAUGGCUGAUCAUAGUCAAAACAUCAUUUUUUAUAAUAACAGACAACAUUAUAUUAAUAACAAUAGUGGCAGUUAUUAUUGUAGUUUAGAAAAUAUUUCAAAUACUUUUAUAGUGUGGUAAAGUAUUUCUGUUGAAAGAUACAGUAUUACAAUUAUUUGUUCAAAACCAGUUUCAAAGUCAAUGAGCCUGUUAUGAGACCUUAAGCAUGAUUUCUUGGUGAUUAUAAAUAAUAAGAACAAAUGUGUGAAAAAAUACUGAUUUAGAAAAAUUAAUAUUUCCUGUAUUUACUUAAUUUGAUAUGUGUAAGGUUUUAGCUAUGAAUGAUUUAUAAGUGAAUUCAUUAAUGCAUUACCGAAGGGAUUUGUUCUAAAGAAUUGUUGUAGCAUCUAUCAACACUACUAAAUAUUGAAACACUAUGUCAAGCUGUUUACCUUUAAAAUAUAGAUGAACAAGUAUCGACGUAAAAUGUGUUUGACCAUGUAAUGCAUAAAAAGUCUAUAAUCUUUGUGUUUAAACUUACACAUACAGAAGACCUUCUCUUAACAGACCCACGAUCAACUAAAGUUCAGGUUGAACGACUCCCCCAGGGCAAUAAUAGUUUGGUUAAUCCUCCCAACAGGGCCGCCCCGAGGGUAAUAAACGCCCGGGGUGAAAUUUAAAUGUUCACCCCCUCCCCAAAAAAGUAUUUGGGGGGGGGUGGGGGGGGGGGGGGUUGCGACCCUAGAAUUUGAAAAUGGUUGGUUUACAAAUCGUACCUAGGAAUCUUGAGACUUAAUACUUAAUACUGAAUACUUAAAAAGUAUUUACUUGAGACCCCAGCAGAGCAAGCAGGUUACAUGCCUCGAGUGUAUUUUAAGUUACCUGAGGUAGGUAACCUGCCGGCCAACUAGCUUCAGGUAACUGUGGCUUUAUUGCAUCAAAUUAAAUCAUGUAGCUACCCAAAAAGGUUAGUAUUUUUUUACCACACAAGGAAAAAUGAAAAUCAGAAAACUGACUAAGUAAAUGUUUGAGUGUGGUCGUACAUUUUGCGCAAAUCUUACAUUCCUGUGUGUUUGUAUUAAAUUUAGUACCUUUUAAAAAUUUGCUUCGCUGAAAUUCAAUUUUUAUGAGUUUUUGAACACAUUAUAUAUUCUUAUUUUCAAAAGUAAUAUGCAGAAAUGUAGAAGGGUCGUCUUUCUAUGGCACUGAUAAUUAAUAUUGGUUUCUAAAUAUUACAUCACUUUCAUGGUGUGUUUAGUUCAGGUUUUUAUCUACAUUAGUUUGAUGAUUCAAUGAUUCGAUGAUUGCCUGGAUGAGAGAAGGUGUUCUGUAGAGAUUUGAUUCAAAUAUUUGAUCAAUGGUAGAACAAACCAAAGUAGAGGUUAAACGGAAAUCUUAAUCACAAUUGCCUAUUUACCAACCUGACAACAAUAAAACGUCAACGCCUACACCAGGGGACGCUCAUUGCACUAAGUAGUGCCAACCGCGCAACAUCCGCUCACAUCCGAGGUUGUUAUAAGGUAGUAUAGUUUUAAGAAUGUGACAAUAUACCACAUGUAUAUCUUUUCACGAAAGCUUUACGUCACGUACGUUAUACAUGAAUAUAUCUUUUAAAUCUUCUUACUAUAUAAUUGUAAAUAUACGCUAAUAGUUAGGUACAAAUUAACAAAUUCAUAAGGCUUUUUAUAUCGACGAACCUCUUUUUACCUAGAUUGAAUAAUUUUUGCACUGCCUAGACUUUUAUGUUGGUGUUUCAGUGUGUAUAUAAUCGAGACGUUUUCGCUAACUUUGUUAUCGUGUUAAGUGUUUCUUCAGGAUUUCAAACUGUGUGAUUAAAAUCUUAAAAUAUUGUAAUUUUUAACCUUUCUUUGUUGUUGAAAAUAAAUAAAUUAAAUCCAUGAUAAAUUCCACGUUGCAAUUAAUCUGUAUUCAGUAAAAGUGAAUCAGAUUUCAUUUUCCUAUUUUGUUUCACUUUGCCAAUUUAAAAUACUAGUACUUGUCAAGUCCAAAAGAAAAAAAUUCUAAACUAUCGCAGGCUUUCUGUCUGGAUUUUAUAUCAUUAACUUGUUGACUUGAUCUAAUUUUAUGUUGGAUCUUUGAAUACAUCUUUAGAUCAUGUGUUUGAAUUUGAAACUAAAAUUUUAGUACUAUUAUAUCUACUAUAUCAAAUUUCGACUCAACUAAUUGUUCAUCGUACCUCAUUGACAUAUCACUGGCCAGUUUUCUCAAAUUAUUAACCUGUUAAAUUUUAACCCGAAGUUAUUGCUUGUUCAGUUACUUAUGGGAAGAUAUUUUAUCAAUAGUUUAUUGUUCGUAUAGUUUAUAAGUAAGUUAUAUCUAAAAAAGUGCUUGAAAACUAAUAGUGAUAAAAGUAGUAUGCAUAGGAGCGAUAAUUUAAUACAUUUAAGUAUACAUAAGACCAUUUCAUAGAUAGGCCUAUGCUAUACACGGUUUGAAAAUAUUGUAAAUACGACUUUGUUUUACCUUGUUUCUGUUAAGAUGUUUUCAUUACCGUAAUUUAUUUUUGAAUUUGUGUGUGGAUAUAAUUGUUAACGAUUUACCAUAUCUUAGUGUGUAACUUUAAUUAUUUUAUUCUAGCGUUUUGAUGUUUCGAAUCGGAAGAGGCGCUCUUAAGCUGUUUGGAAUGUAAUGAAUAUUUUCUUGACUUAUAUUUUUAACUAUAUCAAGUUAACCUGUAGAAUUUAUAGUCUUUCACUGAUUCGUAAUUCAACUAGAAAUGUGGCUCUGUGGAGUUAUUGGUUAAAAACAUUUAACACUUAAAAGUCUAAUUUAAAACUGUUUUAAAAUUAUUAUGAGUUUAUAGUAUAAUGGAGGAUAGGUCUUAUAUCUACAGAAAAUUCCCUUUAGUUGUAAACACAUUUUUUUACAAUCAAUUUUAUAAUGUUAAGCUUCAAAGUCUGUUUGGCUGUGCUGCUUAAUUUUUAUAAUUAUUUUUUAUGUUUUGAGAUUUUCCUUACAUCACAAAUUUUAAAAAAAUUCCCCAGUAGUGCUUUUAUCAAAACUAUUUUUUUGUAAUUUUUUUCUCAAAGUUUGUGUUAAAAAUAUAAGUUUAGAAAGAUAGAAGAGAUCAUUGAAUAUGUUAUGUUAAGCGAAUUUCAAAAACACUAUUCGUCAAAUUUUUAUGUACUGUAUUUAGAUGUGUUCUAAAAUACAAUAGCUCGAGUACUUGAGGUCCAUAAAUUUGGCGUAAUUGUGUUGUGCUGGACAAACUUGAAUGAGUUUGCGAGUCAGCAAGAUCGCGUAAAAUACAAAGUAUUAUAAAAGUUUUCAAAAUUUUCAAAAAUUGGUUAUUUAAAAAUAUCCAUCAUGAAAAUUCCCAAUUGUUAUUAUAACCAUUAUGUUGAGCUAAAAAAGAAAUAAUUUUGUACAUUAAGGCGGUGUGCAAUUAAAGGUUUUGGGGAGAAUUUAAUAUCUUGAAAAUAACCAAAUAACAAAACAGAGUCCACAGUUAGAGCAUAUCCAUGUAGUAAACCUAUCUUUCACUUAUGGUUGUUCCAUUUCCUACUAAUGGCAAUAUCUAGGAUAAGUGUUGGUGAUAAUUCUUUGCUGUAUGUGACCUUCUAACAAUACUAGUUUAUCAGUAAAAACAUCUUUGCUUUUGAAUUAUGCUAAUCUAAAAACUAUUAUUACUUUAAUUUCGAAAGAUGUGUUGUUACAGUAUUUUUGAUUCCCUACUGCCAUAUUUGUAAUGAGGUGGAUAUUUGGAGCAAUAGUGUAUGAAAAUCAACUGAAUGACAAAAAAUUUCAAUUUAAAAGAACUACAUUUCAAUUAUUGUUCUGUGUUUGAAGUGAUUUGGUGAUUUCUUUAUGUGUUUUUAAGAAUAAUUUAUAUAAUCGUGGAACCCUUUAGGAUUUCAAUAAAUAGAAAAUUUCAGCAAACACUAUAAAUUGACCAAACUCAAGUAUUUUUUUUUUUUUUUAAGACAUGAUAAAAUA